UUUGAUGUGUGAGAUUUUAAAACAUAUGUUUGAGUGAUUAAGUUUAAACUUUACUCAGAUUUCAGUUAGUCUUCCUCACAAUCUAAACUCAGUUCUAUUAAAUCUACAUCAAAUUAAGUGAGCUCAAGUUUAGGCUUUAAAUCAGAUCCCCACAAAAAGAAAUCAAACCAGGACAUUAGGAUUGGAAUCUCAUCGAGCUCUGCGGUGAACUUCUCUAAAUGAAUGUGGCUCUAAGCCUCCAUCAGUUACUUAUCACCAGAUUUAGCAUUAGAGUUCUUAAGCCUUUGAUCUUUUAUCACCAAAGUCAAAUCUAGUGAUCAAGUGGAUUGUUCAUGUGAGUUUGAGCCUUUCAUAAAUAUUUAAUGGAAAAGUAACAAAGCAAGACAAUUCGAAAACUUGUCUUCUUCUGUAGCUGUCUCCGAAAAAAGUGAUUUUUGGUAUUGGCCCGUAAACCUAUGUCAAUUUAAUGAAGCAGAAAAAUGUUUAUAAUUUUAUACAUACUUGUAAUUGGCUGUAAAGUCUUAUUUUACAUCAUACAUAUGACAGCUGGGAUAGACUCCAGCGGCCCCCGCGACCCUGAAAAGGAUAAGCGGAAGCGAAUGGAUGGAUGGUCUUAUUUUACAUUGUUGGAAUUGCAGCUACUAGUACACAGAUUGGAAAACUGAUCAGUUACAUUCGUUGGUCACCAAGACCGACUAGCAAUCAAAAUGCAUUUCACUUUGAUCUGCCAACAAAAUAAAGAGAUUUACACGUCCUUACCUGUCCUGUGGGACAGAAACAUUUAAUGUUUAAAUGUAUCCAGAUUACAGUUUCAGAGCUCUGAUGCGCACUCUUCAAAUUAGAAAUAAACAUCAACAAAAUCCCAGAUUUUCUGCAGCAUUAAUCUCUUGUCUUGUGUGCAAAGAUAUUGCAUUCAACUGUUAUUUUUGUUUUACAUUCUUUAUACAUUUAAUCGUCAUCAUUUGUGAGUAAGUUGCACUCAUAGAAGCCGCCUUUUUUUCUGCGGAAGAAGAGUCACAUGAUCCGAGAAAUGCUCCUUUUUUUUUUGUUGUUGUUUAUUUAUGCGAACACAGAUCCGGGGUGUACCGGAAGCAGAAAACCCGACUUAUCAGAGAAAGUUGAUAACCAUCGUCGCGACAAUCGUUAUCUCCAGCUGAGGUUUGGGGGUUAACCAGCUAACGCAAAGAAAGCCUGGUUGUACUGAUCUCCCAUCGUAGUUUUCCCCUCAGAGAGGCACCAGGAAUGGAUAAGAAGUCUUGUCCUGAGGGGAAAAAGUUUGACAACUUAGUCCACACGUGUGUGCCCAGCAAGUCACUAAUGAGAUCUAACCCUGAUCCACCAAAAGAGCCGCCCCUGACUGUCGGGAACCAGCUCAAAGCCAUAAACACCACUGUCAAGCCCACCUCGAUGGUGGUGCUGAGUCCGACUCUGUGGAUUUCUGUGGUCGUGGUCGUGGUGGGGUCCAUCUUGGCUUUGACUCUUUGGUUUAUCAUAUACAAGCGACAGACCAGACGCAGCAGCACCUCCGAGGAUGGCAUGCCAAGACAGGAACUUCUUCAGAAAGCGCAGCCACCUGCCAAACUGCACCCUCUGCCCUCAGAAAGAAACGGUCAAGCUGAGAUAUUUCAGAGAGCGGCAGAGGCCCCAUCACCCUGCUCUCACGUGCACUCUGGGAGCCAAACAGGCUCAGAGUGGGAGAAUGGCUUCACAGCUUGCAGGGACCUCAUGAUGCGUGGUGGAGCAGAGGUGGGCGGAGACUCGCCUGCAUGCAGCACAAUGGCGGAGCACAGGAUCCCACUUCCUGCCACAGAGCUGGGUGGCACUGCUUUAGUUACAACUAAAACCAUGUAAGGCUGCGGGUGUGUGGUCGUACUCUUUAAGCACGCUGUGGGGAAACACAUUUGUUUGCUCACUAACAUUGUGGCCACACCUCUCCCUUUUGUGGGCAAAAAGCAAGUUCAUUAAACCUUAGAGUGAAGACUUGGCUUCAGGUUGGGGUACAGCUUUCAUGAGUACUGAGAGAGGUCUCCAUGAAAUGUGAGGUCGAAGUAAUAUUCUCUAAAGAGAUGAAAACACACCUGUGUUCUUAAAAACUUAUAUUCACUGCAUUUAUACUGCACGUUGUACUCAGUAUACUGAGAUUUCUGUGUUUCUACCAUGUUUUUAUGGGUUUUUUAAAAAUAAGAUUACGAUUUUCUACAGCUGUUUUUAUUCCUCUGCACUGCUUGUGUGAAAAAAAUAGUGUACCAGGUGACUGUAUAGUUUGUUGUUUUUGCCAUUGUACAGGAAAAGUACAGGAACUGCUUUAAAUCUUGUGUCGUAUUUCAAACAUGUUUUAAUAAAACAAACUAAAAAUCAA